AUGGGAGUCAAGGCACUAUCCCCACAGAACUCGUGGAAAUGGCCCGAUCAAAUCAAAUACUCAACCAUAUCCUCUCAAACCUCGGAUGAGGAACGGCCCGCGUGGACGAGAAUUCAGACCCAGUUCUCACUGCCGUUUAGCAAAACAUCAGCGAUGCAGCGUCCGCUCGACGAAGAAUGGAUCCAUGGUGUCCUCGUUGGUACCUGGACGGCUGGGGGAAUCCUGACUCUGAAUGUCUUAUUAUCCCUUAUCGCUAUUGGAGUCAGCUACUCCCAGACUGACAAUACGCGGGGCUUGAUUUCCACGGAAGUAUACAACGGGAACUGCACCCUGUCGAGUCGAUGGGCAACCGGUAUCCAUAUCGUUAUCAACCUACUGUCCACCGCUCUUUUGGAGGCCAGUAACUAUGCCAUGCAGUGUUUGUCCGGCCCCUCCCGGGCAGAUGUGGACAAAGCGCAUCGGAAACGUCAAUGGCUGGAUAUUGGGGUCAUGAGCUUGCGCAACUUUAGAGCCAUGACCAUCAAGCGGAAGAUUCUGUGGUUUGUUUUGCUCCUGAGCUCAGUCCCAAUUCACAUGAUAUACAACUCGGUGAUCUUUUCAUCCAUUUCAACCCUCGAUUAUGGUAUGAUCCUAAUUCCUGAGGAUCUGACCGCUACCGAGUCCUUAGUUGGCAAGGACGAAGCUGCUGCCUUCUUCGACGCAGUAGGCAGCACUCCGGAAGUCAUCCUGACUGAGAUUUUCGACGGCACCUUCCAGAAUAUGAGCAAUCUAGACUGCCUGAAGAAGUACGACGUCCAGUACAACACACACUUGGGGACCCUGGUUUUCGUUGCCGACCGGCAGUACUUCUCCAAUCUCAGCAGUCUCCGAGCGAACAUGUACGGCGAAUCUUCUCUAUAUGACUACGUCAAGCUCAUUGGAGAGAAGAGCAGGGCAGAAGCAUCCAUUGAAGAGGGUCACUGGACUGUUGAGGGCAUGGACUGGGCCGGAGGGGACACCUAUGGCUACUACGACGAACCCCCGAGCAUCCCCAUCUCCCGCUGUAUGGGAAAAACCACGACCCAGCGCUGCCGACUUCUCUUCAGCCCAUCCAUCGCUCUCGCCGUGAUCUCGUUCAACCUUGCCAAGGUGAUCUGCAUGUACCUGACGGCAAGGACGGACCGCUCUGAGAUAUUCUUGCGGGUCGGUGACGCCAUAUCCUCAUUUCUGGCCCAGCCCGAUCCCACCACUAAAAGCCGCUGCCUCAUGUCUCGGGAAGACAUGACACGGGGACCCUAUCGAUGGGAGCCAGUUCCCAGUUGGAAGAGCCUCAUCCGGCGCCGAAUGUAUCGUAACCGCGCAGAAAAGCCAACUGAUAUCCCCACGGAAACGCAUCGCAUGUUAGGCCAGGACCCCUACUCUCAAGAGACUUCGCCGAGAAUGCUACCCACUCGGAAACGAUGGUUCCAAGCAGCUAGUAAAACACCCUGGGCCACUGCCUUGACAAUGUUCGCUCUCUGCAUAUUUUUCUCAUCAGUCAUCUAUUACUACAUUCACCUCAACGGCUGGUCCCUAUCCGAGCAAUGGCGCCUUGGAUUCGGCGAACCCGACUCAGAAACCAACAUCCAGUUCUCCAUAACCAACAUGAUCUUCCUCGUCCUAAUCAGUAACUCUCCCCAACUCGUCUUCUCCGUCCUCUACUUCCUCUGCAACACUCUCCUCUCCUGCAUGCUCGUCACAGCCGAAUACAACGACUACGCCACCCAACGCAAACCCCUCCGUGUCUCCUGGCCCCAAGGCGACCAACGCUCAACCUACUACCUCUCCCUCCCCUACCGCUACAGUCUCCCCCUAUUCGUCCUCUCCGUCACCCUCCACUGGCUCCUCUCCGAAAGCUUCUUCUACGUCAACAUCUCCGCCUACGACGUCCACGGCCACAUCAACCAGGACGAAACCACCCGCGGAUGCGGCUUCUCCCCGAUCGCCAUCUUCAUCACCCUCAUUCUUGAAGGCGUUGCGUUCGUUUCCCUCCUCGCACUUGCCAUUCGUCCGUUUAAAUCCCCCAUGCCUUUGGCUGCGCAUUGUAGCGCCGCUAUCAGUGCCGCUUGUCAUCCUCCGGCUGGGGAUCGUGACGCGGGUCUGAAGGCGGUGAUGUGGGGUGAAGUCGCGUCGAAUCCGGCAGAUGAUACUGGUCUUUUCCCCGUGGAUUUGGCAACCAGUCACGAAGGCGAAGGGGAGGCAGCUGGGCUGAUGAUGAAGACGACAUAUACUCAUUGCAGUUUUACUUCGCAGGAGGUUACUAUGCCUCGUGAGGAUCGGUUAUAUCGUUGA